AUCUCCUCCUCCUCUCACUCCAUACGCUCCCCCCUCUCUCUCUUUAUAAAGCGGGGCGCAUCCAGGGGCAUCUAUUGCCCUUAAAUUUAUUCGAUCGGCUGCGACAGAAUCCCGUGGUCGCGCGAGGCGAGAGACGAGGAGCGAGAAAGAGAGAGGGAGGAGAGAAUAGAUAUCCUUGAUGACGCUCGGAGGUCCCGGUGGAUCCAGCGUCGUUGUUCCUCGGAACUUUAGAUUGUUAGAAGAGCUUGAACGAGGAGAAAAGGGCAUCGGAGAUGGAACUGUUAGCUAUGGUAUGGAUGAUGGCGAUGACAUCUACAUGCGCUCCUGGACAGGCACAAUAAUUGGCCCUCAUAAUUCUGUUCAUGAGGGACGCAUAUAUCAGCUGAAGUUGUUCUGCGACAAGGACUAUCCGGAGAAACCGCCCAGUGUUCGAUUCCAUUCACGAAUAAACAUGACUUGUGUUAAUCCUGAGACAGGAGUG